GCCGGCGGGAGGUUUCGCCGCAGCGGCGAGCGGAGAAGCGGCGGCGAGAGCGGCUGCGGCACCGAUGGCUCCUGCAGGCGGUAGCGGCGGCUCAGCGGCGGGGAAGAUGGCGCCGUCGCACGUCCUCAAGUGCUGCCAGAGGGUGCUGGCGUGGGUGCCCGUGGCCUUCAUCGCCCUGGUCGUGGCCUGGUCCUAUUACGCCUACGUGGUGGAGCUCUGCGCGUUUACAAUUACCUCAGCUGGAGAAAAAGUUGUCUACCUUGUGAUUUUUCAUCUGUCGUUUGUUAUGUUUGCGUGGUCCUAUUGGAAGACUAUUUUUACAUCUCCUGCCUCCCCUUCCAAUGAGUUUUGCUUAUCAAAAACUGAUAAGGAGCAAUAUGAAAAAGAAGAGAGGCCAGAAUCUCAACAGGAAAUUCUAAGAAGAGCUGCUAAAGAUCUGCCCAUCUAUACUACAACAGCAUCAAGAGCUAUUAGAUACUGCGAUAGAUGCCAGCUAAUCAAACCUGAUCGAUGUCAUCACUGUUCUGCCUGUGACCUAUGUGUACUGAAAAUGGAUCAUCAUUGUCCUUGGGUGAAUAACUGUGUGGGAUUUUCCAACUACAAGUUUUUUCUCCUCUUUUUAUUUUAUUCCCUCCUGUAUUGUCUAUUUGUUGCUGCUACAGUCCUGCAAUAUUUCAUAAAGUUUUGGACAAACGAACUACCAGACACCCGUGCAAAAUUCCAUGUUCUUUUCCUUUUCUUUGUGGCUGCCAUGUUCUUCAUCAGCAUACUAUCAUUGUUUAGUUACCACUGCUGGCUAGUUGGUAAAAACAGAUCAACAAUAGAAGCUUUCCGGGCACCGAUGUUUCGAAAUGGGCCUGACAAAAAUGGCUUCUCUCUUGGAUGUCAAAAAAACUUAAGAGAGGUUUUUGGAGAUGAAAAAAAAUACUGGUUGCUCCCCAUUUUUACAAGCUUAGGAGAUGGUUGCAACUUUCCAACCCGUCUGGUGAUGAUGGAUCCUGAGCAGCUCACUGUCUCAAGCCAGAAUGAAACCACUAAAAGCUCUUCUACUAGUCAGCCAUUUCCUACUAGGCCACUCAGUGAAUCUCAGAAUCGAUUGCUUGCCGGUGAAAAUCAGUGGGUGGAGGUCAGUUCAGAAGAUGAAAUUGUUAAAUCAGGUGUAAAAAAACAUAUUAUAGUUUCAUUGGAGAGCUGAUCUUAUUUCAGUGUCCAUUCCUUUCAGAGAAGGGGAAAUGAUAGAUUCCUACAAUACAUUUGUGCUUGGAUAUUAAUUUUUUAAGGAAGACACCGAUAAAUCAAUGGAACGGUUCCAGCAUGUUAACAAGAUAUGGAAAAUGAGAUCCUUGAUGGUAUCCAGUGGAUGCUUAUAGGCACUUUCAGUGCAGAAAGUCUGAUGCCUUAAGAUUCUUGAUGUGCAUUUUUGCAACACGGACAUAAGCUGUUACAAGGGCCAAAUUCUAAAAUGCCCUGCAAGGGUCCACAAGACUCAGAAGUGCAGAAACUAUGCAUUCCAGCUGCACUGUGGUAGAAGGGACUGAUUCUGCAAACUUCAUGUGUGAGGCAAUGCCAUGCUGAUGUCAUGUAGAAAUUACUUCCAUAACAAUCCUAUAGGAGAAAAGUGGGAUGGGAAAGAGUAGUAAAUAUACUUUACCGUAGCAUUUCACCAUUAACACUCCACAGUACAAUUAAAUGUGGCUCAAACAUCAUCCGGUGGACUACUGGCAUUAUGGGGUUUUUUUUGUUUUCUCCAUUACCAUUGAGAUAAUCGGUAGUAGCGGUAGGUGUUGUGAAGCAGCCAACCCAAAACUAUGACUUUUUAACUUUCUCUAAUUACUGGAGUUCUUUUCUCUCAAUAUUGCAAUACAGUAUUGGAGAGGCAAGGUUUCUUCUUAGCCCACUAGCAAUUUGAUACACUAGUCCAGAGAAUUGGUUUCCUGAGCUAUUUUGGCAUUCUUUUUAAGAGAUCCAGUAUUUUAAUUCCUUGGAAAUGUGGCUAGUUAAGGCCACAUCAGGAAUGUAAUUCAAUAAAGUGAUGUUCUCCCCUCCCUCUUAGAAUAUUUAGUAAUAGUGAAUAUUAUUUCUAAGCAUUUCUGGUUGGUAACCCCAAUACAGUAUACAUAUCCUUUGUGAAGUCUGCUGGUUACUCAGACCAUGAACAGAAAUCAUUCCUUCCUUUUUUCCUUGCUUCCUUUAGUAGAAAAGAAGCAGGUAUGAAAGCAUUGUUGUGCGAUUGGAUUUCACAACUAUCCGUACUAGGAACAUUUACUGAAUGAAGUAGGGAAGGAACUGGGGAAGGGGGACCUUGUUCACAGCCACCUGCUUCCAUCAUUCAGAAUCCCCCUCCUUUUCUAACCAUCUCUCUGAUCCAAUCCUGUCCUUUAACAAUAAAUAGUGAUGUAUAAUUUCUGUACAGCAGUAAAUGCUUACCUUGAUCUGUUUAUUAAGGGAGGGUAGCAAGACACUGGAUGCUCGACUCUGACAAGAAUUGUAUGCAUGCGCUUCCUUUCCCACAAAUCAUCAGCCCUCCAGGCAAUGGUCUGAUUAUCACUAUCCUUAACAGUGUUUCUCAACCUUGGCAGAUUUAAGAUAUGUGGAGUUCAACUCUCACAAUUCUGGGAGUUGAAGUCCACAUAUUAAAGUUACUAAGGUUAAGAAAUAUUGCCUUCGAAGAUUCUGAAGAGGUUAUAAUAUCUCUCUGUAGUUGUAUAGGGUUUCCUGUCCUGAUACAUACUUUUAAAUCUCUUAUCUUCAGUUGUAUCUCAACUGCUCUACAUUUCUUAUUUCAACCCAUAAAACAAAAUUUGUAUUUUGUUGUGAGUGAUGUAUUUAAAAAAGCUGAUUUUGAGUAUCUUAAACAACAGGAGAUAGAAUAAAAUUCAAAACAUGUAUUGAUUUGGCUCUUCCAGAUUAAUUUCUAAUUUCCAGAUCUAAUUCUAAAUGAAAAUAAAUAAAAUACACUGUGGAGUCCUUGUGACUCAAUGCUGAAUCCUAUCUUUACAUUGCCAGUUCGGUGGUUAGGCUCAAGGCUCCCACUGCUAACAGAUUGUCCUCUUGGUCAGGUAAUGUGGUUCAGUGCUAUGAACUGAAGGGAAAAAUUUUAUGUAAUAUGAGAACAGUUUACAGGUAGUUUGUCUAGAUAUGGGGGGAUGAAAUAAAAGGGAGUCAGACUGUUAGAGCACAGUACAAAUUCCACAAGUCCAGCUAAAAGCUACAGCAAAUAAAUUAUCCCUUAAAUUAUGUGGUACAUAGGAAAGAUUAACUAUUGCAAGCCAAUUGUAAUGGUAUGUGGGAAUGACUUUGGGAGACAUGGGGAAGAGUCACAGCUAGGGGAAUGGUCAGACAAGAGGCAGCUUAGCUCGCAGAAGUAAUGUGGGCAUGGGAAACAGAAGGGGUCCUCCCUAGUUUCUUGAACCUUAAAGGUGACGGGGGAGAAAUAUACUUUCAGACUUGCAAGACUGAUGUCAGCCUUGUGAGGUUUCAUGCUUCCUGUCUGGACCACCUGCACAGUUGACAUCAAUCUUGCAAGUCUGAAAGUAUAUUUCUCCCCCAUCACCUUUACGGUCCAAGAAACUAGGGAGGGUCCCUUCUGAGACUUUGCCAUGCCCGCAUUGCUUCUCCUGGGUAAGCUACCUGUCAUGAGCACUGAUGGUGAGCAGGAGGGGGCCCCUAUCCAGGGGGGAAAAUGCAUGUGUAGUACUGAGGAGUUAAGCAGCCAUUCAGAGAGACACAGAUCAGACCUGCCUUGACUUUUGGGGAUUAUCUGUCUGGUUUUUCCCACGCUUCUUCAGUUUGUUAGGAUUUUCUGUCUAAUGUAGCAGUAAUAAAACACUAGAGACCUAUUCCUUGUCUCAGCGUGGUUUCCUGACUGUUAGGACAUUACCUCUUGUACUGUUCUCCUGGCUGUGGCUCUUCCCUCUGUCUCCCAAGGUCAUUCCCACAUACUGUUACACCAAUAGACUUGUCACUAAAUCGACUACAGCAAAUUUUUUCUUAAAAGAUCAAUAAAAAUCCAGAGCGUAUCUGUAAAAAUGAAUGGAUAACAGGGUUCUUUUUAUAAAGUAUACAUAGAAAUAAAGGCCCUUUUGCACUUACUUCACUGUUUGGUAUCUAUAGAUUUCUAGUAAUAAUGGAGGUAAAUUUAAAAUUAAAUUGGCAAUAUUUAGUAUUUUAGAUUAUUUUGCAAUCAUUAAGCCACUGAGAAAAUUCCAUCAAUAACUAGUAAAAGCAUCUAUAUGUUGGGUCAGAAAGGAAGGUGUUUAUAGUACUAAACCGUAAUUAAUAGGUAGGAUAUCUUAUUAAUUUCAAGAAAUUAUACCAAAGAGUAUAAUGUGUCAUGCUGAUUGUAUUGGAAAAUUUAUGUAUAGAUUUUAUUUCAGUGCUUUAUCAAAGCAUUUUGCUAAUGAACAUGUAAUGGUAUAAUUAGAAACAUUUUAUGUACAUUCAUAUCUGGGAAUUAUAGCUUGCAUAUUGUAAGCAUAGAUUCUUGGUUGCCUUAGGAAGUCCCUUCCCAGUUAUUGUUAAGUUUUUGUUCUAUAAACUUAUGACUUGAUCUACUGGCUGCUAUUAUAAAUUAGAUUUUAUGCUGCAGUUUUAAAUAAGACAAGUAUUUUCUAGUAAUUAUGAUUUCUUAUUCCAAGGAAUUGUAAUUAAUAGAAAAGGCUUAAAACAGCACUUGAUUAAACAGAUCUCUAGCAUCCUGUGUUGGAGAAAUGUCCUAGCAAUUGUUAUUUUUGUAAUUUUCUAUUAGUGAAUCAACAAGGUCCAAGCAAUGUAAAUGACAUUAUUUACAAUACAUAAUUUAGUUUAGAUCAUAGCUACCAAAAAUGCAUCUUACACAUCUGUGUUAUAAAAGCAAGUUUUCAGUUAGUCUUAAUAUCCAGUGUGUAUUUUCCAGAUUAUACUUGAAAAUUUUAAGUAACAGAAAGAACCUGUCCAUGUUUACAAAACAAAUUUCUGAAGAUGUCUUUUGGAAGAUUGUACAGUGAUGAAUGACUCAUAAUCUGAUCAUAUGUUAAAAUAGCAUCUUCUGUUUCUUGGUACCAAAGAACUAAUAAACUGUAUCAAACAACAUACAUUCUAUUGCAAUCCUGAUGACUCCCAGAACUCUGGAAUUACACCAGGAAAGCUGGAGGAAGUGGUUUAAGGAUUGUGGUCUUUUACCUCAAUCCUAAAUAUAUUUGCCUGGAAGUUCUACUUAUUUAGUGAACAUGACUUAACUAUAUGGCUUAGGACUGCACAUUAUAGGGUAUUACAGAACUGCUAUCCACUGUGUCUUGUUUUUCCCCAUUAUAAAUUAAUGGCCCUAAGAAUGGCAUUCAUAGUUUGGCUAAGGUUACCACAAUGUGUGUAUACGCCAGUGGGUACAUCAGAUAUAUUGCACUGUUUUUAUGACAAAGGCGUAUGCAAGUAUUUUACUUAAAUAUAGAUCUCUCUGUUGUAGUAGGCUUGCAAGUAUUCAAAGCUAAAAUGGUAUGAGGAUACUUAGAGGAUACAUAAUGUGACUGAUGCAUCUGUUCUUUAUGUUGCAGAUAGUAUUCCUAUGCACAGAAAAAGCAUAUUGCCACUAAUAAUUUAGUAAGAUGACUUUUUAAAUGGGCUUUUAUAAAUAAACUAUACAAGACAGAUCACUUUGCCUGAAAUUUUCCUAUUUUUAACUGCACCUUGUAAUAUCUUCAUGUAUAUUUUCCACCAGUGUAAUAAUUUUCAAUCAUGUUUGACUAUUUUGUAUAUCGAAGUACAGAUUAUGUCUUAAUUAUAACUGUUUUAAAAAAAAGCAUAAUCUUUAAGCCCUUGCCAAACUGGUGAUACAUUAAUGUAUUAUGACAUAAUGAAUGCAUAAGAAAAUAAAUACCUUGGAAACAG